AUGCUAAACUUCAUGUUUUUACAGAUGGGGCACCAGAAACGAUCACAGGAAGAAAACAUAACUGAAUUGGUGGAAUUUGUUCUUUUGGGCUUUUGUGAUGUUCCCCAUCUCCAGUGGUUGCUUUUUGGAUUGUUCCUAGCCAUCUAUGUCAUUAUUCUAUUGGGCAACGGCACCAUAUUACUGAUAACAAAAGUGGACUCUACCCUCCAGACCCCCAUGUAUUUUUUCCUUGGGAAUUUUUCCUUCUUAGAAAUCUGUUAUGUGUCACUUACGCUCCCCAGAAUGCUCGCAAAUCUUGGAACCCAAAGAAGAACAAUCUCUUUAGUUGCCUGUGCUACACAAAUGUGCUGUGUUCUUACACUGGGUGCCACUGAGUGUUUCCUCCUGGCUGUGAUGGCCUGUGAUCGCUACCUGGCCAUUUGCAACCCUCUGCACUACCCUCUCAUCAUGAACCACAAGGUUUGCAUCCAGCUGGUGGCUGGCUCAUGGCUCAGCGGAGUUCCAGUCCAGAUAGGGCAGACCUUCUGGAUUUUCUCUCUGCCAUUCUGCGGUUCCAACCAAAUCAACCACUUCUUCUGUGAUAUCCGGCCAGUGCUUAGGCUGGCUUGUGGGGAAACCUUCAUGAACGAGGUGAUGGUCUACGGAGCUGCAGUGUUGUUGGUCUCUGUUCCAUUUUUGCUAAUACUUAUUUCCUACAGCAAAAUCAUUUUUACAGUUUUAAAAUUGCCUUCAGCCACAAGUCGAACCAAAGCUUUCUCUACCUGUUCAUCUCAUCUUACAGUUGUGAUGUUAUUCUUUGGAUCAGCCAUUAUUACGUAUUUAAGAUCCAACAACAGUCAUUCAUCAGGAACUGACAAAGUGCUUUCUCUUUUCUAUACUAUUGUGACUCCCAUGUUUAACCCCUUGAUAUAUAGUCUAAGGAACAAGGAUGUCAUAAGGGCUCUGAGAAGGUUAGUAUGUAAAUGA